UUUGAGUCGAGCGAACAGCGGGGCAUCGUUUCUCCCGCGUGUUUCAGUGAGGCAUCACACGUAGAAAUCGGUCAAAGGCACGAGGUCAAGGCUGCGCGCGCGAUUCGAGGAAUGGAGGACCUCUUGGCAUCGAGCAGCCAGCUCGUUUGGAGCGUGGCACACGAGACCUUGAGGAGGUGGUACGACCGUGCGCUGCUGCCAUGCCAACACCUCCUUGGGGCCCGCUUUAGGAUUGCACAUGGCUCCCAGAUGACCGAGGGGCGUCAGUGCCAGGUACACCUACUCGACGGUCGAAAGCUGGAGCUGCUGGUCCAGCCAAAGCUUUUAUCGCGAGACCUGCUAGAUUUGGUGGCAUCCCAUUUCAACCUGAAGGAAAAGGAAUACUUUGGCCUUUGCUUCAUCGAUGACACUGGCCAGAACAACUGGCUUCAGCUUGACCGGAAAGUCCUUGAUCAUGACUUCUCGAAGACUUCAGAUCCACUGGAAAUCAAAUUCGUUGUGAGAUUUUACAUUGAGAAGAUCACCUUUUUAAAAGAAAACACCACCGUGGAGCUGUUCUUCCUGAAUGCAAAAUCUUUGGUGUUUAAUGAGGGCAUCGAAGUGGAGAGCGAGCAUGUUUUCAAGUUAGCUGCAUUUGCAUUACAGGAGGUCAACGGUGAUUACACAUGUCCUGAAACAGCCAAAUCAAACCUCAAGCAUCUGCCAGUUUUGCCCACCCAAGUUCUCAGGAAACACCCGUCUCUCAGUUACUGUGAGGACAAAGUGAUUGAGAAUUACAAGAAAUUGAAAGGGCUGACGAGAGGACAGGCCAUUGUGAAGUAUCUAACCCUGGUGGAGUCGCUGCCAUCAUAUGGAGUCCAUUAUUACCCAGUAAAGGACAAGCAGGGCAUCCCCUGGUGGCUCGGAGUCGGCUACAAAGGCGUCGGCCAGUACGAUUUACAAGAUAAGCUGAAACCAAGAAAGUUAUUCCGGUGGAAGCAGUUGGAGAAUUUGUAUUUCCGAGAGAAGAAAUUUGCUGUGGAAGUCAUCGACCCCCACAGUGGAACGGUGAGCAAGCGGACCUUUGGGCAGAGCGGCCUGGUCAUUCACUCCUGGUAUGCCAGCCAUUCUCUAAUUAAAAGCAUCUGGGUGAUGGCCAUCAGUCAGCACCAGUUCUACCUGGACAGAAAGCAAAGUCCGUCAAAUAUGACCACGGCCAGGAGUGCAGGAGACAUCGCCAUGGACCUCACAGAGAUCAGCGCCCAACGGAUGAGUACAUUUCCAGGUCCCGAAAGCAAACACCGGCUCAUCAUGGCGAGCAGCGGAAGCCUCAUCUCGGCCGGUUCUGCCGACUCCGACGUUGCCGACGAGCAGAAGAAAGAGAAGAUUGCCGAGUUAAGGACAAAGGAGAAAAAACUUCACGACGCCCUGAAGCAGAAACUGGAGGAACUGAAGAAGAUCUGCAUGCGGGAAGCGGAACUGACAGGAAGAUUACCCAAAGAGUAUCCCUUGGUUACCGGAGAAAAGACCCCUCACGUCCGAAGACGCGUUGGCACAGAGUUCAAGCUGAACGACCUUUUCCCAGAUCAUGAGGAUCCUCAUUUGAGGAAUCUGGAAAGCAGAUUUGCUUUGCAGCAGAAGAUCGUGGAAGCGGCCAUCAAGUUAACCAAGGAGAUGGAUCUCAGCAAGACGGUGAAGAAAAAGAGGAAGAACAACUGUCUGGAUGCCAUGAGAAAACUGGAGGAGAUCGAAGGGGAGAUCAACGCCUACAGGAUGGGGGCGGGGAAGAAACCCAGCCAAAGGGCUUCGCUGAUCUUGGCAGACGACGUCAAUCCGUCAGAGCUCAGCUCUCUGUCUGACAGCUUCACGCUGGAUGAAGAUGACGAGCUGACCUCCCAGAGGCAGCGCUCGAGUUCACUUCAAUACUCGCCGAGGCCCCGCCAUGCGGAGACACUGGCCAACCGCUGCGCCAAUGAGAGACGAGCUUCGGCGAACGACCAGCAGGUAGACGGCAGGUUAAAUCGCAGUCCGAUCCAGGAAGCGCUCCGCCACAGUCACCACGAUGCCUUGCUCAGCCACGGCAGUCCACACAAAUCGGUUUCCAGACAGCCUCGGGAUGCCCGCAGUAUGCCCCCGACUCCGCUGCUCACACGCAACGCUUACAGCAGUAGCCAGCUCAAAUCAGAGGAGGCGCCGCAGGUUUUUCGCCAACGCAGCGGCAGUCUGGAAUCCCAGUCCAAGGUUCUACUGGAGCCCGAAGCGCGUUUGCCCGCGUUCACCUUGUCCCCGUCCCGGCGCAGCAACAGCACCGAGGUCCUCGACGACGGCUCGUCCUACACCAGCCAGUCCAGCGUGGAGUACGCGGUCCCCGGGAACCGCAACCAGCGGCGUCGAGUGCGCGGGCGCCACAGGAAAGACGUCUACGCCAACACGGGCAGCAUGCCCAACUUGGCUCAGCCGGACGCCCGCUGCCACGCCUACCGGCCCCGCACUCGCCCCACCACCACCGCCUUCUACAUCACGGGCUAUCCUAGCCAUACGGAGCCGGAGCCUUACUCGAAUGGCGUCUGCGUGUACGACGACGACGAGACGGAGGGACACUACAGCGUCAACCCGCCGUUGCGUCCCGCCCACGCGGUCUACCGGGCCUACGACGCGCACGGUCGCUACGGCAACGAUGAGCUCGACGGCCGGUCGCAGAACCCGUACGCCACGCUUCGGCCGCCCAGGAACCGCCCGGCACCCCGCGGCGAAGCCCAGGUGGCCAGGAACUUUCAGAAGGCCGUCGUGGCCGAGCACCUGAGAGGCUGGUACCAUCGCAACACGGCCUACAAGCAAGCCGCGUACGGCUACGGCUACGACUACGACUACGACCAAGGCUCCCAGCAGAGUCUCGGCUACCGAAUAGUGCCCCCCGCAGCCUUCAGCCACAAUAACAACAACCGGAACCACUCCUACUCAUCAGGUUCCGCCAACGGAAAUUGGCACGGGCCUGUCAGCGGUCACGGUCGAGCGGGUCGCGACCUUCCCGAGCAGAUGCCGCAGACGUACAGCUACAGCACCGCCCCUUUUGGCCGCUCCACCCAGGGCAGAUCCCACAUGGACGUCAACCAGAUGGAGAUGCGCAACCAAACGCCAACAAGCAUGGACCCACAAGAUGGGAUACACUGGCACGAAGACUCCAAAGCAGGAACGAUCGUUUAGCUGCCUGUCAUCCAAUCCUUUUUUUUUUUUUUUUUUUGCAUGACAAAGCUGUCCCCCCGUGCCUUCAACUGCACUUACCGGUUUUUCUGAGCAAGGCGAGUCAAAGAAUGAAGGAAUUUACACACACACACACACACAUACAAGCCAAGCAGACUUUGUUCUCGCUCGCUCGAGCACUGUAACUGAACUCGAAGCCGCUGCAGACCGCAGACUUUUAAGUAUGCAGUUUUGCUCUGCAGAGAUUUGAAACUUAGCGGCGUUGUGUGUCGGAAGGCCGCGCUGAGCCGCAGCGAACAACUUUGAACGCAUCUUCUCCUGCCCCCUUGCCGACCACGUGUGAUGAUAACCAUGAAGGACCAGACAAAGACUGAUAGAACCCGAUCAAAAAAAAUAAUAAAAAUGAAGGAGCGUGUUAGGAGUGAACCGGACAAAGAUGGCUUUCCUGGAACACUUUGCAGCCACGACAUCAAUGUACUUUUAUUUCCAAAUACUCUUAAGCACACAACGCUACUUUCUACAGUAUGUUCAUUUCUAUUCACUCUGUGUGAGCUUUGUGAAGUAUACGAUCUUACUUUAACGCAAAGCACAACCAAGUCACAUAUUUGUGUUUUUGUCUAACACCAGUAUUACUCCUGAGAAUCUAAACAAAGGUUACUGCCACACUACUAUACACAUUAUGGACUUUUAAGAAAAGAAACUCACAAAAAAUUGAGAAAAAAAAAAGGCUCUUUUACUACAUCCAUGCUGGAACUCAUGGACCGGUGCUCCCGAUUUUUUUUUUUUUAACUGUUAAUACACUGGUUGUUUGUAGAGCAUCUUGUGAAUUUUGAAAAAAAAAACAUGUAAUAUAUAGCAUAAGCUUUUGUUAAGCUGGUUCUUAGGAUUUUGUAUCAUUUCACUUGUUUGAAUAAAACAAAUCAGAAUUCA